GUUCAUUUUCGGUUUGUUCUGUUUGAGCUCGGUGACAUUAACCAGUGUGAGAGCAGCAGCUGAUCACUAGUUUCUGCUUCUUUACUUCCAUAAAAUUAGGCCGAGCGCUACGAUCAAAGAUCAUAGAAGAUAAUGAUCGGCAUAAGGUAUCAGGAAGUCUCGAGUCUUUAACCGUCUGUCAUUAUUCGGUCAGUAUGGAGCUCAGUCAACUUCAUCUUGUGCUCCUGCUGAUUUCAAGCAUCCACUCUGCACACACUGAAGAAAGACCAAAACCCACAGUAACCAUUAAACCUGCUCAACAUGUGUUCAGAGGAGAGACAGUCACUCUCAGAUGUGACAUAUAUAGUGAAGGAGUCACUAGCUGGAGAUACAGUUGGUAUAAAGAAGGUUCAAUCAGUGUUUUCAGUUAUCGACAGGAACACACACUCAGGUCUGUUACUGAGUCUGACGCAGGUAAAUACACCUGUGAAGGAUUUAAAGGAUCACGCUGGUCACAAAUGAGUGAUGCAGUUACACUGAGAGUAUCAGAUCUUGCUAAACCAACUCUGACUGUUGAGCCACAGAGUUCAGUGUUCACUGGAGACUCAGUUACUCUGAGAUGUGCGCUGAUUCAGUCACAGAAUGGAUGGGAGUUUCUCUGGAGUAAAGACUCAAACACUGAAUCUAUUGAAGCUGCAACUAAAACAAUCAAUCUUGUGAAAGUCUCUGACAGAGGAGAGUACAAGUGCAGAGCACGAAGAAGAGGAUAUUACACUGAUUACAGUGAACCAGUAGUAGUGACUAUAUACAGCAAGUAUCAUAGUACACAUUUUAUUAUUUGUAUGUAUUCAAUUAUUACAUUAUUUCAUUGUGAAUUGUUGUCAUUGUACAGAAAGACCAAAACCCACAGUAACCAUUAA